AUGUCGUUGAGAUCACCUCGGUCGCCCGGCCGGGGCUUCCUACCCAUCUCCAACUCCAACGAGUCGAGCAGUACCGAGAUGCACGAGAUUCCUCUCCACACCGUCCGCACCAAUGCGAGCACGGGCUCUCGGCGAGUCAACAUGGAAGGCAUGGACGAGAAACAUGCACUCUUUGACAAGUCGGCGGCCGGGGGCCCUGCCGGCGGGAGACGCGCCCGGAAGGACCUGCGACGUGCCGGGUCCGGCAUGUCUGAGGAGACAUCGCUCAAUGCCAUGGGCCGACUCUACAACAAAAUCGUCGGCUUCUCCGUCGUCACUCGUUAUCUCGUCUAUAUCGCCCCCGUCGCCCUCUUGCUCGCCGCUCCCUUAAUCAUACUGCCGCUCACUGGAGAUAAGGAUCGCAUCAAGCUUGUUCCAGACCAACCGCACAGCCUGUUCACGCUCUUUCUCUGGAUCGAGAUAUCAUGGUUGACCCUCUGGUUGGGCAAGCUCGUGGCCCACCUCUUGCCCUCCAUCUUCAUGUUCUUCUGCGGCGUCGUCAGCUCCGGUACCAGAAAGUACGCUACCGUGCUGCGCUCCCUCCAGAUCCCCCUGUCGCUCUUCUUCUGGGGGCUUGCUUCCUGGCUCUCGUUCAGGUUCAUGUUUCCGGUACAAGUCGCUGGGCAGUGGUCCGACAUCGUUUUCCGCAUCGUGCUCUCGCUCUUCCUCUCCUCGGCCGUGCUCCUGGGCGAGAAGUUUCUGGUCCAGCUCAUCAGCAUCAGCUACCACCAGCGCUCGUUUGCGAACCGGAUUCAUGAUUCCAAGCGUGAAAUCCACCUACUGGGCCUCAUGUAUGAGGCUUCGCGGACUCUGUUCCCUAUGUACUGUCCUGAGUUCGCCGAAGAGGACUAUAUCAUUGCCGAUAGCCUGGACCUGAUGCUCACCAAAGGCAAGGUCAAGAAGGGGCGCGGAGUCGCGGCAGCCCCGAUGCGGCUCGUGGGUGAAGCUGGCCGUCUUGGCGACAAAAUCACGUCCGUUUUUGGAAACCUUGCCUCCGAGAUUACUGGAAAGCAGGUCUUCAACCCAAAUUCUGCUCAUUCUGUCGUCGUGGAGGCCCUUGAGAAAGUGCGGAGCUCCGAGGCCCUGGCUCGUCGCAUCUGGAUGAGUUUCGUGGUCGAAGGCCAGGAUUCGCUCUCCUUAGAUGAUAUCAUUGAGGUCAUGGGCCCGGCCCACCGCGAAGAAGCUGAAGAAUGCUUCAACGCCAUUGAUGCUGACCAGAAUGGCGACAUCAGUCUCGGCGAGAUGAUCCGCAAGGUUGUCGAGAUUGGGAAUGAGAGAAAGGCAAUUGCCCACAGCAUGAAGGAUAUCAGCCAAGCAUUGCAUGUGUUUGACAAGGUCCUCCUUUUUGUCGUCCUGAUCAUCGUCAUCAUCAUUUUUUUGGCCGUCUUCCAGAGCAGCUUCAUCGCCACCCUUACCACGGCUGGAACUACGCUGCUCUCGCUGUCCUUUGUCUUUGCCGUCACCACGCAGGAGUUCCUGGGCUCCUGCAUCUUCCUAUUUGUCAAGCACCCGUACGAUGUCGGCGACCGCGUCGACAUUACGGGUCCCGAGAAGGAACAGCUAAUCGUCGAGAAGAUUUCUCUACUCUACACGGUGUUCACACGGAUUGACAAGAUGCAAAUCGUGCAGGUCCCCAAUAUUCAACUCAACAAUCUCUGGAUUGAGAACGUGACGAGGAGUAAAGCCAUGAAGGAGAUAAUUGACGUCAACGUCUCGUUUGACACAUCGUUUGAGGACAUUGAGCUGCUGCGCGCUGAAAUGGAGAAUUUCGUGCGCUCGCCAGAGAACAGUCGCGACUUCCAGCCGGACGUUGCAAUCGGCGUUGGAGGCGUUGGCGAUUUGGACAAGCUGACGCUCAAGAUUGCCAUCAAACACAAGUCCAACUGGCACAACGAAGUCGUCCGCGCGACUCGUCGCUCCAAGUUCAUGUGCGCGCUCGCCCUUGCGCUCAAGAAGAUACCAAUCAAUGGUCCUGGUGGCGGUGGCGACCCUCUUGGAGGACCUAGCAACCCGACGUAUAGUGUGGCCGUCACGGAUGAGUUCGCUGUUAGCGCUCGUGAAAAGUCUGAGAAGGAGAAAGAAGCGAAGAAACUGGUGAACCAGAAAACCGAGCAAGCGCCUGCUAAUGCGCCCGAUACGGAGAGUGAGCAGCGCGCCGCCGAGCAACUCAAUGCGGCGAGCCCCGUAGUUGAGGCGCUCGAGACCUGGGGCUAUAACAACUCCCUGGGCCCCCGAGAUUCGGUAUCCCACCGCGAGCGCACCGCCGACGCGUCCGCAGCUCGCUUCGGCCUCCCCAGCACGCGCGAAUCCCAGCGCGGCCGCCGCAAGGCUGGCGAAGCCCUACCCCCGGGGGCUCUCAGCGAUGAUGGCAUGCCGGGAAUCCAACUGACCCGGACAUCGACAUCGAGCCGUAGAGGGGAGGGGUCGUUUGACGUGGAGCGCCAGGCCAGUGUCGGAAGAGCACCUACUGUUACGCGGUAUGCCGGCUGGACGGCUUACGAUGCGCAAACCGGUGGUGCCGGCCCUGGGCCAAGUGCCAUGGCCUCGCCACCACAGCCCGGUCUCGAUCUCAUUCCUGAGUCACCUGGCUUCGCCGUCCAGCAGCCUGGGUCCCCGCCGCAGAGCGUGCCGCCGAGUCGUAUGCCCACUGUCGGGGCAAGGCAACGGGGGGCUACAGUGGGCGGGCAGCAGCAGCAGCAGCCGCAGCAACAACAGCAACAACAGCAACAGCAACAGCAACAGCAACAGCAACAGCAACAACCGCAACAACCACAACCACAACAGCAAUUUGGACUGCAGCAGCCGCCGCAGGCGCCCCAACUCAGUGGCCCAAGCCAGGGCGGAUAUCAUCCUAGGUUCUAG